AUGGCCUUUCUACACCGAGUACAGGCGGUAGUUGCGCUGGAUAACACCGGCAGCCGCAUCUUUGCCAAGUACUUUAUCGGGGACGACACUCCCGAGUCUUCUAAGGCGCUAGCGCCUCUUGAAAAGCAGCGCUCGCUGGAGCAUUCUAUCUUUCAAGCCAUUCAUGACCCCCGACGGGGCAACCACGUCGCCUACGAGAACGAGAUUCUCGUUGUGGAAGGGCACAUCACCGUCUUCCACAUCAGCGAAGAUGUGACAAUCACUGUCAUUGGCGCCGGCUCUGAGAAUGAAGUGGUGCUGUCCAACGUGUUGAUGGGUCUGGUAGACGCAUUGCGCCAAGAGCUUAACACACCCUCUCUGACAGUGCGUCUGUUACUAGAGAAUUACUGCGCUCUUCUUAUGACAGUCGAUGAGAUGCUGGAUGAGGGAAUUAUCCUAGAAACGGACUCGGCCACCGUCGCGAACGACUUGGAGCCGUACUUGGUCGACGUUAGCAACGACACAGCGCGAGCCGCCCUCACUGGCGUCAACAAGUACCUGCGUGAUAACUUGUAG